AUGUGGCGAAUCAAAAUAACCUGGAUUCUGCCAUGCAGGUCCUUGCUGAUCUCUCGCUUGCGCUUGAGCAUCGGUCGCUUCGCAUCCCAGGUUCAUGGCUUCUUUCUUCGAUUUACAAGUAGAUGGAACGAGGGAGCUGCAAGAUUCACCUCCCGAGAGAUAAAUCCCGCUCCCCCAGUCCCGUUAUUCCCUGUUGAGACUCGCUUUGAAAGCUUUGAGGCCCCUUUUUUCCCCGCGUCCUGGGGGAUAAUCAGGCCGCUGUUGAUUAUUCUUAUCACUCCUAAUAACAAAUCUCGAUCUGAUAUUUGCAAGUUGUUUCGAGACAGUCCAGGGUCUCGGAUCUUCAUGCGGCCGGCAACUGAAUGCCUGGAGCGGCCGCUUAAAUUAUACUAUCUAGGUAUAGAUGAUUUAUCGAGUUUAAGUGGAAACUUCAUAGUUGUUCAAAGAUCUCUGUGGAAAGAUGUCCAGUCUUAUUGUUUGUUUCUGGUGCCAAGUACCCUGGGGCCCUUCAAAGGAGUUAUUACGUUUGAAUGCAAUGUGUUCGGCAACUCCGGCAAUUCCGGCAAUCCUCUCUCCAGGCUCCAGCACAGACGCAGGCAGCCCUUUGGCCUUUGCCUGUUUGUGAAGUUCAUUGUCCUGUCUCUCAGAGCACAGAUGACAACCCAACUGAAACCAUCCAGCACGCAUGCGUUGAAGCCUACUUCAUUUUGGGGUGCAAAAGAUGGUUACACAGGCAAGCCAUCCAUGCCAUCAUCACCUUCCCAGGAUUUUACAAGUGGCUUUCGGUGCAUGAGCAAAUGUUGGGGAUGCUUUUACAUGGAUGGGAUUCAGUUAUCCAACAAGGGUGUCUAUUAA